AUGAGAGCCAAAUUGAUUGUCUUCCCCAUUCGCGCCAGAAACUGGUGCUUCUCCAGAUCCAUUGAUCGUUCUCUCCCUCCUCCUUCUUCAUCCGCUUCCUCUCAAUCACCUUCCUCUUUCAAAGAAUUGUGGAAGAAUGUUAACGCAGCUGAUAAAUCCUUCAAUGCCAAAGCUGAACUCUGUACCGAUUACUUCGCUGAUAAGAUGAACAAUGGCUGGGUUACUCUGGAAAAAGCACCUGAUGGAUCUUUGAAAAAGAAGAUUCACGGGUUGGGGUUGUGGCUUUUGUCGAGGGUUAAGCCGUCGGAGAUUUUCUUGAAGACGAUAUCGAAGGAAGUUACUGGCGUCGAAAUCGUUUACCCGUCCAGUGUGAAUGCUCAACUUGUUCGUCGUAGACUAAGGCAUAUUGCUAUGAGGGGCACAAUUGUACACAGGAAAUUCUUUUAUGGUUCUGUUUCAUUGAUUCCAUUGUCCUCUGCACUUAGUAUUUUACCUUUGCCUAAUGUCGCAUUCUUCUGGGUUUUAUACCGAUCGUACUCGCAUUGGAGAGCCCUUCAGGGAAGUGAGAAACUGUUUCAACUAGUCUCAAAUAGCUCCAAGUCUUCAAUUACUUUCACUGAUAAGAAGGGAACCAAGCAUAAUGUCUCCAAAAGUGAAAGCCUUAGCUCAGAUGAACCACAUUGCAUAUUGAGUCCAUCUGAAGAGCUUGAGAAGCUUGUUCGUCAAGAAGAUGGAAAUGAUGGCCUUAGUAGAGACACCAUUGCAGAAAUUUGCAAGCUAUACGAUUUGAACACCAAAGAUGUGAUUAAAUAUGAAAAGUCUAUUUUUUGA